AUGCUCAAUCACUUCCGGCUCGACAAAGUUUAUAGCACUGUAAGCCGUGGUUUCGAUGAAAUAAAAAGUUUAACCGGUUGUGUGUGGGUGACUACAACUCCGAUUAUAAUUACUGUCGAGCCGGAAGUGAUUAAACAUGUCACAUCUUCACCCGAAUUUCUCAACAAAGCCAGAGACUUGUAUGCUCACUUUAAUAACGGUGUCAUUAACGGGCUUAUUGUGAAUCCAGUGAAUAAAUGGAAACCAGAUCGCAAAGCGAUAAGUCCUUUUCUUGGCCACAACAAUCUCAUGAGUUUUUUCCCGUUAUUCAACGACAAUGCAAAAAAUGUGAAGCAGAAGUUAAUCGCUAUGGCUGGUCGCGGUGAACAGGAUGUCUACGGUGUUAUCAAAGCUUAUGGCUUACAACUGAGCAUUCUGACUAUAAUGGGCACCAAAAUUGAUGAAGGAAGUGAUAAGUACAAGGAGGUUAUGAAUGCAUUUAACAUUCUAGUUCAUCGCAUGGCACAGAAUUCAGUUUACUCCUCGGUGGGUUUAGGAUUUCUAACUUUAACGCCAGAGUACAAAAAAACACUUAAAUAUUUAAGAGAGUUAGUACGCGAUUUGAUUAAGGAAAAUCUCUCUCUAAAAGCCGAGUCAGAUGAAUACGAAGACGGUCAGCAAACGCUAAUUAAUUUGACGCUAAAAGCUAUGGAACAAGGACUAUUCGAUGCCAACGAUGUGGAAAUCGAGAGUUUUACAAUGAUUGCCGCGUCCUACGAGACGUCAGCUAUUGCGCUGUACUCGACGAUUGUGUUGCUGGCGAUGCAUCCGGAAAUUCAGGAACGUGCAUUUGAAGAAGUUCGUUCUGUAUUUCCAGACGGAAUCACUUCAGUGGAAUACGACGAUAUGAAAAAGUUCCCGUACCUGGAUAUGGUCAUAGCAGAGGCAUUGCGACUAGCUCCACCAAUACCUUACAUUGGACGACAAGCUAUAAAUGAAACCGAACUGCGGCCCGGUGUAACCAUUCCCAAGGAAAUGCAAGUCAUCAUGCCAAUUUACGAAUUGCAUAGGCGCAAAGAGCUUUGGGGCCCGGAAGCAGCCCGUUUCAACCCCGACAACUUCCUACCCGAGAAUAUUGCAAAGCGUCAUCCGUGUGCGUAUAUGGCUUUCUCAAAAGGACCGCGCAAUUGCAUAGGUUUCCGUUACGCAGAAUUAACAUUGCGCGUGUUGUUGAUAACUUUACUCCGCAGUCUUAAAUUCUCAACAACUUUUAAAUAUGCUGAUAUCGUUUUCAUACCAAAAGUUACGUUGACCUAUAAAGAGGAGCCACUAUUAAGUAUAGAGGUCAGAGCUUAAUAAUUUGCAUAUGGAAAUUGAGGCGGAUAGUGUGCAUUCGUGAUAUAAGGAUUAAAAUAGUAAAUAAGAUGUUAUUUUCUAAUGGAACUACAGUUUGUAAAGUUUAUUUCAAUACAAGCACAAUUAUAUUUAUAAGCGAACUAUUUUUUUCCCAACGAUGUGUCAAUCAUCUCAUAUAAAUCCAUUUCAAUAAGACUCCAUCAUACCUGCAGACCACGGUUGCCGUCCCGUUUUCGGCGGGACCGUCCCGGGCCCUGUACAACACAUGCCGGGACGCAAAUUAUCCCAGUUUUUGGCAAGAAAAAAUUUCAACAUCUCGUUAAAAGAAUUUAGAACUCUAAAAAUAUGUAUAGUUGCAAAAUCUAUUUACUAAUCGACAU